GAAUAAUUUUAGGUUAGUGUAGAAAGUUGUUCGUGUUGGGAGUUCAGAACAUCUCUUGACACCCAUGGAAAACUAGACAGAUACUGUAUUCGUCUAUUACAAAACAGGAAUGCUUUUGCCUGUUAAUGUAGUCUUACUGUGACAUACUCUACGUUUGCCGACGAAUACGUUUAUUUCAAUAGGCGAUGUCUGUCAGGCUAAAUAGCUAAUAAGUUUUAGCUGUCUUAACAGCAGCUUGCCAACUUCUGUUUGGGUGAGACGUGACUUGAUCAACAUCUAAAGUAAACCACGCUCGGCGCUGUGGAUUGUAAUGUUAUCUGUACCGCGUGUGUCUUUAUCGUAGGCUAACAAUACCCAGAAUUUGCGUAUCGACAUUAAUUUACAUUUGGUGUUAUUGCCCUGACGUUUGAUCUAAACGUUAUUCAACGUUGUCAACAUGUUUAUCACUUUGCUGCACGUACUUGCAUCUAACCUACCUGGAGGAGCGUUAAUUUAAAAACCAUAGAGCUAAAGAGGACAGUCGUAAGUUUUUCUAUUUUUUAAUUGAUAUACACUUUUGUCCUCAGUCGACGAUUGAGUGUGGACUUGCUGUCAAUGAAAAAUGUCAGUCGGGUGCGAGAGACACUACGGUUCCCUAGCUUCAGAUACUAGCAAUGACUCAGUGGUUAGUGGGAGAUCGGCUAGUGGAGUAUUGAGUGGAGAGGAGGAGAAAUUGCAUUACAUCCCCAUCAGGAUCUUGGGAAAGGGAGCGUUCGGUGAAGCAACACUGUACAGACGAACUGAGGAUAACUCUCUGGUAGUAUGGAAGGAAGUCGAUCUCAACUGCCUUUCAGACAAGAAGCGACAAGAUGUGAUGAACGAGAUCAGCAUCCUCUCCAUCCUGCAGCAUCACAAUAUCAUUGCUUAUUUCAAUCACUUCAUGGACAAGAACACGCUGCUUAUCGAGCUGGAGUACUGUAAUGGGGGAAAUCUGUAUGAUAAAAUCAUUCAGCAGAGGGGACAGCUUUUCACUGAGGAGGUUGUCAUCUGGUAUCUUUACCAGAUUGCUUCAGCGGUUGCACACAUACAUAAAGCUGGCAUCCUGCACAGAGAUAUCAAAACAUUAAAUAUCUUCCUCACCAAGACAAACCUUAUUAAAUUGGGUGAUUAUGGAUUGGCCAAGAAGUUAGACAAUGAGUUUUCCAUGGCUGAAACAUGUGUAGGAACACCAUACUACAUGUCUCCUGAGCUUUGCCAAGGGGUUAAGUACAACUUCAAGUCUGAUAUUUGGGCCAUGGGCUGUGUGCUUUACGAAAUGCUGACCCUCACCAGAACCUUUGAUGCAACGAACCCGCUCAACCUCUGUGUGAAGAUUGUCCAGGGCAAUUGGACGAUGGAGGUCAGAUCAGACGUGUACUCCUCUGAUCUCCUUCAGGUGGUCUACAAAUGUCUCGAUCAGGAUCCAGAAAAGAGGCCCACUGCUAACCAGAUUAUGGAUGAACCGAUCAUCUUGUGCAUCAGGCCGGGUUUGGAGGAAAGAGUAGCAGCACUUAACUCUGCUAUAAAGAAGCCUAAGCUGAGCACAGUGACAGAGAGCCCUGUUGCCGUGGUUACCACACGCUCCAGGGAGGUGUACUUCUGGGGGGGAGGCAAAUUCACCCCACAAAAGCUUGACACGUUCAAGGGUGGCAGCAGUGCACAGCAUGUUUGUGCUGGGGAGACACACUUUGCUGUUGUUACCGUUGAGAAGGAAUUAUACACUUGGGCGAGUGUGCAAGGUGGAGCGAAGAUGGUGGGUCAGUUAGGUCACGGAGACCAGGCCUCCUAUCGGCAGCCGCGCCGUGUGGAGCGCUUGCAGGGGAAGGCCAUCCGCCAGGUGUCCUGUGGAGCGGACUUUACUGCCUGUAUUACUGAUGAGGAUCAGCUGUACCUGUUUGGCUCGGACUACUACGGCUGCAUCGGAGUGGAGAGUGAGCUGGGCAUGGAGGUGCUGGAGCCGGUGCUGCUGGAGUUCUUUACGGAGCGGCCCGUCUGGCAGGUGUCCUGCGGCGACAACCACGUGGUGGUGCUGACCCACAGCCGGGACGUUUACUCCUGGGGCUGCGGAGAGUACGGGCGGCUUGGCCUGGACUGUGAAGAUGACUUUUCCUCCCCAAUGCAAGUGGAGCUGCCCAAAAGUGCAACCAUUGAGUCUGUGUGUUGUGGUAGUGAUGGAACAUUUUUCCUCACUGAAUCUGGGAAGGUUUUAGCCUGUGGAAACAAUGAGUUCAACAAGCUGGGUCUAAACCAGGGCAUCACGGGCCUUAAGCACAAACCCUGGGAGAGUUACCAAGGAGUGCCAUAUACGAUCACACCCACCCUUGUAAAACAGCUAGCUCGCUUCAAGAUCCAUAUUAUUUCUCCUGGAAAGACCCAUACUGCAGCCAUAGAUGAGAGAGGUCAUCUGAUGACUUUCGGCUGCAACAAGUUUGGACAGCUUGGGGUGAAGGAUUUCAAGAAGCACCAAGAUGUCAAACUGCUAAUGGGUGCUUUUGGGGGAAAGAUCGUCACCAAGGUGUCGUGCGGAGAUGGAUUUACUGUUGCAGCAACUGAGGACAAUCAGAUCUUUGCUUGGGGGAAUGCUGGGAAUGGUCGUCUUGGGAUGCCCCCGCCAGACAGAGGCUUUGGCUCAGAGGUGUGUCCUGCUCUUCCCCGACCCAUCUUCGGCUCUCUCCACCACGUGCCCGACCUGUCCUGCCGAGGCUGGCACACCAUUCUGAUCAUGGAAAAGGUCCUCAAUUCAAAAACCAUCAGGUCCAACAGCAGUGGAGUUUCUAUUGGCAGUGGUGUGAGUCAUGCGUCCACAGCCUCAGUGGAUCUGGAUGUUGACCAGGGCUCAGCAGACACAGAGCUGCGCGAUGGGACCUUGGGGAGAACUGUAGAAGCUGACACGGAGGCGAGAUAUCUGGACACCUCCAUGAUGUCCAUGACUAGCCAAACAGGGAAUAGCUCUUGUCCCUCCUGGCUGCGGCAGGAACUGAAGGAUGCAGAAUUCAUCCCAAUGCCAGAAAGUUCCAGCUCCAUCUCCAACCCUUUGGCUGCCUCAUACUCUGAGAGCGCACACCCAACACUUCCUUAUGAUGAGCUGCAGGAGUUGAAGGCUGCAGCUGCUGCAGUGAAAGGAUGCUCGACAGACUCAUCGGGUUGCGAGAAGGCCAUUGGUGUGGAGGCAGGUCUCAGAAUGUCCUGCUGCCAAGCCAGCAGUGACCUUGCAGAGCUUAAAGAAAUUGUUAACAGGCAAGAGGCAAUGAUUCAGUUGUUACAGAAGCAGUUCAAUGACCAGCUGAAAGAGAAUGAAAAAUUAUGGACAGCCAUUCAAAAUAUGACAGUCAGCAAUGCUGUUGAUGAACGAACAAAUCACCUCUCAAGUCCUCAGCCAUGUGAUGAGGAGGAGGAGGAGGAGGAGGAGGGAUGAGCCAACACAGGAGCCCAACUGUGAGGAAAGUUCUGUUCUACCCUAUUAUGAGGGGAUUUAGACACUGGCCAAUCGCUUCCCUCUGUGCUUUGGUUGGCAAAGGUCUCAGUAAGAGGUAGGGAAGGAGUGUUGCUUUUCCUCUUAGUUGUGACGGCGGAAAAUGCCCACCACCUACCAGUAAGGUCUAGAAUCUUUUUUUUUUUUUUUGGCCUUUUCAUUUCAUUUGGAAGGUUGUUUUCAUUCCAUUUCCACUAUAUAUAUAUAUAUAUAUAUAUAUAUAGAUAUAGAUAUAGAUAUAGAUAUAGAUAAUAUUGCUUGUAUUUUUUUUGACACUUUCAAUGCAUCUUCAUAACAGCUCAGCUGUUUGAAUAUACUUGCAGCAAUACUGCUUAUUGCUUAUCUUAAGCGAACAAUACAACUUUUAAAAUGACACCUUAAAAGGAAUGCAUUUGGAGCUUCACCCUAAUAGGUUGGGUGGUUUAUAGACUUGUUUGUUUUAUGAAAUGAUUUUUUUUUCCAGCCACAGUGUGACUCUCAUGUGAAAUGUUGCCAUAGUGUAACAGACUGUAACUGAAGUGCUGCAGUUUUGUUGAAAAGAAUAGGCUGCCGUAAAAAGCCUUUUGGACACUUUGUUACACCUCAGAUGUUUUUAGUGGUAGUUAAAUUUGAGUAUCAUUGUCCACAACUAUUAUUCACCGUCCAUCAUGUCAUGAGCAUACAGAAUUACAUGUCACAUGCUGCAAUAACAUUUUUAUGACACUAUGGGUUUGUUUUUGUUCACUCAGGUGUUAGUUUAGCAAGUGGAAAAUAUGGGACAUUGCAGAAAUUACCCUUAUCGGAGGAUAGAGGACUUUCAAGUCGGUUAUUUACCAAACUGGUAACUGGUUAUAUAGUUACUGAAUAAGAUGUGUAUAGGAAUACGCCAAAGAAUUAAGGAUUAUUGUCCUCAAUCCGUUGAAAUUUAAAACGUGCCUUAUUAAGAUAUUAAGUAAUAUUUGUCUUACAGAUAUCCAUUGGUGCUCCAGUGGUCUUGUGGAGCAUAUUUAAAUUAUAGAAUUAUGUAUCUGGAGUUGACUAUGCUGAAAAGGGCCGUAAAGGUGUGAGUUCACAAUAACAGUUUUUAAACCCAGUUCACCUUUUGAUGGUGUAACUGUUGUCUAGACUGAUUGUAAGCCUAUGGGAGAGCUUUGUCAGUCACAGAUUGUGUCACAAUUUAAAAUGAAUUUUUCAAGUUGUUUGCAGACAUGUUCUUCAGAGGCAUUCUGCAUUUUACAGUGCAACAACUACAUUACUCACUUUUCACAGAACCAACUUGAGAGAGCAAGUAUGUUUACUUUUGUUUACUUUUAUGUGCCUUCUUUUUUCAGUGUCAUUAUGUAUUUUGUCACAGGUAUGUUUGAGUGCCUGGAGUAAGGCCCAGAGCAACUACUGAUCACAUUAUUCUACCAAGUCUUGUGUAAAGAUCCUGAAUGUGGUACUUGAGAGGGGUAUUACAAUUUGUCAUAUAAUGUCUGUGUGCUAGACUCUUGACUGGCAAGUGGAUGAAUAAUGGUCUCGGAAUCACUUGUUACCUGUAUCUAUUUUAACAGUGAAACCAAAGAAAGUCAUGGAUAUUAAUAAAUAACACGUAUACGUACGUACAUACGGUUUUGUGUGAAAAUCAUUUUCACACCACAACUUGACCGCGUUGAGCUUUGAUUAUUGUCUUAUUGUCGGAAUAGACUUAAGUCUUUUAACCUGUAAUGAGAAAGUGGAAUGAGAAUGAGUAGAAUGAGAAAGUGCAGUAUUGAGCUAGAACACCAAAAACAUAUCAACUGGGUAAAGCAUCUAUAUAAUAUAAUCCUACAGGCAGAGUGUCAAUCAAAGUUUAACCGUUUUUGCCACUGGGAGGCUCAAAAUGUUGUUUUAAGUGUCUUGGUAACAUGGAGAAGAUCCCUAUUGAGAUAACUACUCCCCUGGUUACCUCAACGACUGUAAAUUACUUAGUAUAGUCAUCAGUAUCAGUGUUUUGUUUCCUUUUGACCUACAUGUACUAUAGCAGGUUAAAAAAAUCCCUGAGUUCUCCUUUAAAGCUUCAUGUAAUGUGCCAAACUAUGUGAUCCUCUGGCUUAUACAAAUGAGACAUUGUUUUAUCAUAUAUUGUAUGUUAACACACUAAUAAAGGUUGGACCUCUAAUGCUCCUAUAAUGGUUGA